GUCCGCACGUGUAUGUCCGCGGGUGCUCGUCGAGUCGUACUUUCUGCGAUAAUUCGCACGACAGCCCUUCCAUCGUAAAGUUCUAACCUCCCUGGUGGUGUAGAGCGACCGUUAGCCGGGCCCGAGAUGGGGCUCUAGCGGCGGUUCUCUUACCGACCCCGAGCGCGGUACCUGCCUUGCCGACACCUGUCACGAGACUCCUCGCGUGGUCCAAGAGAGAGAGAGAGGGACGCGGGCAAGAGGGUGGGAGACGCACCGGGAGAUUCGAGAACGCUCUCAAAAGCCGCGACUCGAGUGACGACUCGCCGCCGUCAUGUCUACAGAACCGGGAAGCUUCAGCUCCAACGGCAGCAUGAUCGUCGUCAGCAACAGGUUGCCGUUCGUUCUCAAGAGGAACGAGGCGACCGGGAGGCUGGAGCGAAAGGCCAGCGCCGGUGGACUUGUUACCGCUGUUGCACCUGUUGUUAUCAGCGGCAAUGGGGUCUGGGUUGGAUGGCCCGGGAUGCACAUGGAGAACCCCAACGAGCCGAUCCCUGAAUCCGACCCCAACGACCGAACACCUACUGCUGGUCUUCUUUCAAGUAAGGUGGUCGCGGUCCACGUGGAGCCGAGCAUCUUCGACUCCUACUACAAUGGAUGCUGCAAUGGGACCUUUUGGCCUCUCUUCCACUCGAUGCCUGACAGGGCCACGUUUAUUGCCGAGCAUUGGCGAGCCUAUACAGCGGUCAAUGAGGAAUUUGCGGCGAAAACGGUCGGCGCGCUGGAGCAUAUCAGCAAGGAUCAAGAAGGUCAAACGAAUGGGACCCCCCUGGUGUGGAUCCAUGACUAUCAUCUGAUGCUGGCCGCUAACUGGAUCAGGCAAGCUGCAGAGGAGAAGAAUCUGAAACUGAAGCUGGGCUUCUUCCUGCACAUUCCAUUCCCGCCGUGGGACAUCUUCAGGCUCUUCCCCUGGGCGGAUGAGAUCCUCCAAGGGAUGCUGGGUUGCGACAUGGUCGGCUUCCACAUUCAGGACUACUGUCUGAACUUCGUCGACUGCUGUCAAAGGUGUCUGGGUUGCAGGGUGGAUCGGAAGAACCUUUUGGUCGAGCACGGCGGGCGCACGGUACGCGUGAGACCACUUCCAAUUGGAAUUCCGUUUGAUAGGUUCGUCGCGCUGGCCGAGACUGCCACGAGAGUAAUGCUGACCAAUCAGAAGAUCGUCUUGGGGGUCGAUCGCCUCGACUACACCAAAGGUCUCGUACAUAGACUGAAGGCAUUCGAGAUGCUCCUCGAGAAACAUCCCGAACACCGAGAACAGGUCACCAUGCUCCAGAUAGCCGUGCCAUCUAGAACCGACGUGCGCGAGUACCAGGAUCUGAAGCUGGAGAUAGACCAGCUGAUCGGCUGCAUAAAUGGCCGCUUCACAACCCCCAACUGGUCGCCGAUUCGCUACAUCUACGGAUGCGUCAGUCAAGAUGAACUUGCAGCCUUCUACAGAGAUGCUGCGGUAGCCCUGGUCACCCCUCUGAGAGACGGGAUGAACCUCGUCGCCAAGGAGUUCGUCGGUUGCCAGAUAAACACUCCACCAGGUGUAUUGAUAGUCUCGCCGUUUGCCGGCGCGGGUGAGAUGAUGCACGAGGCGUUGAUCUGUAAUCCAUACGAGAUCGAUGAGGCUGCUGAAGUCAUUCAUAGGGCCUUGACCAUGCCCGAGGAUGAGCGCACCCUGAGGAUGAACCACCUCCGUCGUCGCGAGAGGAUCUACAACGUCAAUUACUGGAUGAAGUCCUUCCUCCAGGUCAUGGGGUCGCUGGAGGAGCGGGACUCCGUCGGCGCCACCACCAUGCAGCCCGUUACCAUGGACGACUUUGACGAUUAUUUGAGCAAGUCCCCUAGGUAUAUCGGCGAUAACCACAAGUUGGCCCUACUGCUGGACUACGACGGCACCCUCGCCCCGAUCGCCACGCAUCCCGAUCUGGCUAUCCUGCCACAGGAGACCAAGAACGUUCUCCAGAGACUGUCCAACAUGUCGGACGUGUACAUAGCGAUCAUCUCCGGGAGGAAUGUCAAUAACGUUAAGUCGAUGGUCGGUAUAGACGGUAUCACGUAUGCAGGAAAUCAUGGACUCGAGAUCCUGCACCCGGAUGGGAGCAAAUUCGUUCACCCCAUGCCGGGGGAAUUCGAGGACAAGGUCGCCGGUCUGAUGCAGGCUCUUCAAGAUCAGCUCUGCAAGGACGGUGCCUGGGUGGAGAACAAGGGUGCUUUGCUGACCUUCCAUUAUCGCGAGACGCCGAUGGAACGUCGUCCUCAAAUGGUCGAGACGGCGAAAAAGCUGAUCGAAUCCGCCGGCUUCAAGGCCUGCACCGCGCAUUGCGCCAUAGAAGCGAAGCCUCCGGUCGAGUGGAACAAAGGUCGAGCUUCCAUCUACAUCCUGCGAACCGCCUUUGGGCUGGACUGGAGCGAGAGGAUCAGGAUCAUCUACGUCGGCGACGACGUAACGGACGAGGACGCUAUGAAGGCCCUAAAAGGCAUGGCCGCGACCUUCCGCGUGGCGUCCUCCCACAUUAUCCGGACCUCCGCCGAGAGACGGCUUCCCAGCACCGACUCCGUCUUGACGAUGCUGAAGUGGGUCGAGCGGCAUCUCAGCAGACGCAAGCCUCGCAAUAACGUCGACAUCCCGACGAGGUUCCGGCGCAGCAGCGCCGGCAUCACCAUGGAAAUGUCCUUCACCCAGACGGCGAAGGAGCCCCUGGUGUCGUAGACCAUCGCGCGACUCCUUUCGGAGCACUCUGCCACUCGAUGUAUACCCUAGGAAUAUUUUCGAUGUAUUUCUGAUACUUUUAGAGUAAGCUCGUCAGCGAGGAGGUCGACAGCACGAGGGAGACCAUCGCGGGAGAGGUAGUUGAACGACAUCGAGGCCUGUGUGUGUGUGUUUCUAGACGUACGCCGUAUGUAGAUGUUAAAAGAGACUGUCGAACCGGGAACCCGAGGAGACCGGACGUGGUCCCAUCAUCUCGAUGAUCUUCAAGUACUUACACGACCGCAGGGCAGAUACCACAGCGUCCGGUCAGAGGGACCACGUCGGCUCCUCUACCCCUCUCGGUUUCUAUUGACGUAUUCCGUUAAUUGUUAACGCGACGACCGGCUAUAGAUCUGGGCCUGGGACCGAGGUCAUCGCGUCCUUAUCCUAUGUAGAGACUUAAGUUAAUUCCCCGAUGCGGAGGCAGAUUGUUUUAGCGGUAGGAUAGCCAUGUAAGCCCAGCGUCUAGGUGCAGGCUCCUAGGGCUCAGCCCGUUGCAGCGCUCCUGACGCGUCUAGGCCCCUCGCUAGUUGUCGCUUUCCAGAGUCUGGGGCUUUCGAUCUCGGCCGAUCGUCGCCCGUCGAUGCACCUUAUCCAAAGUCGUAGCGCGUAGGCACGUAGUUUUACAUAUUUACAUAUAUACAUGUUUACAUAUUCGCGUCACCGAGGUGGUCGUGGCGAACGAGCUGGGACGGAGGGUUCCUGGCGCGGUGACGGUGUCGCCAAGAUUUGUCGGGUAUGGAAUACUGGAGAAAAAAAAAAAACGUAAAUUAUCAACGGCACGUUUUAGCAGAUCUCGUUACAAAGGUUCGUCGGUUGUGCACGGUUCUCUCCAUUGUUUGUAAUAUCCUCGAUGUUCACCCCGUAUCAGCGAUUCGUUAUGGAGAUACGAAAGUUGCGAAUUAUUUUUCUGUAAUCACUGAUCAGACCUCUAGUGGGGGCACAUUCUGCUCAUCGCUGAAGGUGGUGCGAGAUCCUUUUAGAGAUAUAUAUACAUAUAUAUACAUAUAUAUUUUUUUGAAUAGGUCAGCGAAAGACUUCGAUAGCUUUUACAUAUUUCUAAAUUAUGAAUACAGCGGGGAAAGGCUAGAAAUCCGACCUUUUCCAACGCGUGUCGCUUUCCAGAGUAGGACAUUUCGAACGAAAGUAACAAUGUCGGGCAAGAGAAAGGGUUCGGUGUGCACCAAGAGAGAGAGAGAUAGCAUCUUUUUUUUUUUAAUCAAGUCCAGAAAGUCCUAAAGUGAGCCUAGGGGACCUCUCGUUUCCCCCCAUUUCGACGAAACGGACAAACCUGGACGCGUUCCUCCGACUACCUCUCAUAGUCAAUUAUUUUUACACUAUGCUGAAUUUGUAUUGAGUUAAGUAAUAAAGUAAUAAAAAGGAGUUGUUAUUUAACGCAAGCAAAGGCUCGUCGAGAUGUCUGCCCCUCGUUGGCAGCGCGUCUUUUUACAUCGCGGUGUGAAAAAGAGGCCCUCUAGGUUCGAGAUAAGAUAAAAAUAUCGACGUUUUUAAAUAUUCUACCCUGGAAAUUGUUCAUUCUUUUACACCGAUCGCACUUCUUUCGAAAUCUCACGAGAUAGCGAGAUGUGCAUUUUCGUACAGAGCUUUUUGCGAAAUCGCGAAGCGUCCUGGAGGAGAAAGAGAAGUCGGCAGGCUGAAUGUCGGUUACAAGGAUCUACGCAUAUGCAUAUAUAUAUUUUUUUAACAAAACCCUAA